UUACUAAAUACAAUAUUUAAUUUCCUAAAAAAUCUCCCGCGUCACUAACUUUUUCAGCCAACCAAACAUAACAGAAAAGGAAACCUUUCUCCAACUUUGACUCCUCAAAAACUUCAAAGCCUCCUUACAAUCAAUCUUCAACCCCUAUAUUUAAGAGAAUUCAUGUAAGCCUGGUAAUAAAUCUUCUCUCUUGAUUUACAAAAACCAUUCCCACUUUCUCUCCAACCAAACAGAAUUUUCGUUUCUCUAUCACAUAACCUCUCCCCUAGCUAGAUCUUCAGUCUUCCUUUUCUUCGUAUUUUCUCCAUGUUUAUUUCGUUCAAACCAUGAACAAGGUCCAUGAGAAACAAAAAUAGAUAGCCCAGCUCGUUUUUUCCGAGUUUUUCCUCCUACCCUUUUAUCAAUUUCUAAGAAGUAACCCCCAAACAAUGAGUCGUUUAUUUAGCCUCGGGCUGAUUGCAUCAUGGUACUCCUCAAAUAUAGGAGUUUUGCUAUUAAACAAAUAUUUGCUUAGCAACUAUGGAUUCAAGUACCCCAUAUUUCUCACUCUGUGUCAUAUGAUGGCAUGUUCAUUGUUUAGUUAUAUUGCAAUUUCAUGGCUCAAGAUUGUGCCUUUGCAGACCAUGAGGUCAAAAUCACAGUUUUUGAAGAUCUCUGCUCUUGGGAUCAUUUUUUGUUCCUCUGUUGUGGCUGGAAAUAUAUCUCUUCGAUAUCUUCCAGUAUCGUUUAAUCAGGCUAUUGGGGCCACCACCCCAUUUUUCACUGCAGUGUUUGCAUAUUUGAUGACACUUAGAAGGGAAGGUUGGCUUACUUAUGUUUCUCUCGUUCCUGUUGUUGCUGGUUGUGUCAUUGCUAGUGGGGGGGAGCCGAGUUUUAAUCUUUUCGGGUUCUUAAUGUGUAUCGGUGCUACGGCGGCACGUGCACUCAAGACUGUGGUUCAAGGGAUUUUGCUAUCCUCUGAAGGGGAAAGACUCCAUUCUAUGAACCUCUUAAUGUAUAUGGCUCCGGUAGCAGUUGCAGUCCUUGUUCCUGCAGCUUAUUUUAUGGAGGGAGAUGUGGUUGGAAUCACAAUUUCCCUAGCAAGGGAUGAUAAGAAAUUCAUAUUCUAUCUGAUCUUCAAUUCUUCUCUAGCAUAUCUUGUGAAUUUGACCAACUUCUUGGUCACUAAACAUACCAGUGCUUUGACGCUCCAGGUCCUGGGAAAUGCAAAGGGAGCUGUUGCAGUGGUUAUUUCAAUUUUGAUAUUCCGGAAUCCUGUUUCAGUGACUGGGAUCUUUGGAUACAGCAUCACUGUGGCUGGGGUUGUUCUCUACAAUGAGGCCAAGAAAAGGAGCAGGAACGAUUGACACAUCAUGCAGUGCGUUCAAAUAUCGAUUCUAUCUAUUUUAUGAUAAUUUAUUUAUCAGCACGCAGCAGCAGCAAAUUUUGUUGACCGAGAUUGAAGCAAGUUUGCGCAGCAGAUGCUAUAAUUUUGAUUCUCCUGUGUUCUUAAAGAAAUCAGGAAGAGAUACUCAGAGAAAGUAGAGACGCCCCUUUAGUGCAAGGUCAUACCUUAUCUGGGGAGUGGCAGAAAAUCUUGAUUGAUCUUAUUUUUCUAUUUUUUGGUAAAAAAUUAUGAUUAUUUUUUCAGUUUCCUAGUCAACAGCAGCACCGUAGUGCAGUUCUCUGCUCAUUUGGUGUGAGACUUCCAUCUCCACGGUGACAAACUUAAACGAGAUAACAAGCUAUUUUUUAUGUU